UCCCCUUGGACUGAACCUCCCACCACUAAACCAGGAAUUACUCCGCCUUAGAAAAACGUAAAAAACCUGUAACAGGUGUCUUUAUAGUUUCUUAAGAUGUCUGCCAUUCGCGGUCUACAAACUGUUGAACACUCCGGAAUGCUCAAGCUUUAUUCUGCCUUGUUUUACGCCGGCUGCUCGUUCCUCAUCACGGUGGUGAAUAAAACCGUGUUGACGAGCUUCAGGUUUCCGUCCUACUUGUUUCUGGGAAUUGGCCAGAUGAUCGUCACUCUUGUUGUCCUUUAUGCUGCCAAAAUGAGAAAGAAAGUCCAGUUUCAAGAUUUUGACAGAAGUAUUAUCUUUAAAAUUUUCCCUCUUCCUUUGCUGUAUGUUGGGAACCAUAUAACAGGGCUGGCAAGCACCAAAAAACUCAGGUUAAACCAUUUUGGAUGUUAUCUAGUAGUCCUUAAUUUCACGCUGCUCAUUCAUGUGUUUCCUGAACGUGUUUUGUGCUUUUACAGUUUACCCAUGUUUACAGUAUUACGGAAGUUCGCCAUAUUGAUGACGAUGAUCUUGGAAGUAUAUUUACUAAAAAAAUCAUUCCCAAGACGCCUUGUAUACAGCGUUGUAGCCAUAGUCUUCGGUGCCAUGGUUGCUGCAAGUUCUGACCUAGCCUUCGAAUUGGAGGGCUAUACUUUCAUCCUGCUCAACGAUGCCUUCACUGCAGCCAGUGGUGUGUACACCAAGAAGAAACUUGGCACAGAGGGCCUCGGGAAGCAUGGUGUCUUAUUCUACAAUGCACUUUUCAUCAUCAUCCCCACUCUUUUGGCAAGUGCGUUUACUGGAGAUUUACACAAGGCAGUCACAUUUCAGGACUGGGGCGACGCCACUUUUGUUUUUUGUUUCCUCUUGUCUUGCUCCUUGGGGUUUGUGCUGAUGUAUUCCAUAGUCCUGUGCAGCUAUUAUAACUCUGCACUUACUACAACAGUAGUGGGGGCAAUAAAGAACGUUGCAGUUGCCUAUAUUGGCAUAUUUGUGGGUGGAGACUACCUGUUCUCUUGGACCAACUUCCUUGGCCUCAGCAUUUGUAUGUCAGGUGGACUAGUGUACUCGUAUUCCACCUUUAAUCAGAAAACAUCUGUAAGUUAUGAAGGAGCACAAGAGCUGAAGAUUCGCAUCACAGAAGAUUCAACCCAGAAGGAAGCUAUAAUCUAAAGGGACAGUAUUUUACCAUUCGCCACCUGGUGGCAUUGCUGUACUCCAUAUUGGAGCAUCAUAUUUCAUUUGUCAUUUUUAAUUAAAAUCAAUGAAUUUAA